UGACGUCACCUGGCAAUACUGUUACUUCAUCAGUAUAAUUAAGCCAUUCACUUUAUGCUAACUUGGUCAUUAUGAACCAAAUUACUGCGUGCUCGUACGAAGGGUCUCCCUCGUCUGAUGUCAAGGAUUCUGUCUUUGAUGCAUACCAGUACCUAGUUAACGAAAAACACCCACCUGACUACUUAACAUUUCCACAGUUUUUGCCGCAUUGGCUUCUGGAGCAAUGGUUCGACUCCCCUGUGGAAGUAGAUGAAAUUCUUGUAACGAUGAGCAAUGCUAUUGAUCUGGCAGAAAUAUCAAGAGGUAUCAAAAGAAGGAUUGCAGCGCUUCCAGAUAAACGUCCAGUGCCAAAUACAUUCAAUCCAAUUAUACUAGGAAUGGAACUUAAACUUCGAUUGGCAGCCGUUUCGCCUGUUAUCGCUGAAAGGGCGGGGCCUAAUCAGAGAGUUGUGGUGGGAAGGAAAAGGAAAGCGCGUAGUUAUAUUCCUCUCUAUGAUAUUAAUAACGAAGAUGAUUUCGCUGCAAAGUGUUACGUGGUAAUUAAUCAUUAUAACCCACCAUCUUAACACAGCAUUAAUAAAUUAACGGUAAUAUCA